ACCUUUUUUUUUUUCCUUUUAACAAAGAAUUCGAAUGGAAAAGAAAAAAGACACGAGGUGAAUAAAGACGAUGUGCGAGUAAAAAAAAAGGGGAAAAAAAGAAUACAACUCUCUCCUAACUCUCUUUUCCUCCACCGCUGUUACUGCGGACGCCAGCUAAUAAAUACAAUUCAUUAGCAAUUAAUUAAUAAGCUGCAGGAUGAAUUGUGGCCGAGGCGAUGACUUCGAACAAGCCGCCUAGAAGGAACAUUUUUCACGCUUUAUUAAAAAUAUUCCUCCACACACCCAUCCCAGAGGAAUCCACAUUUGGGAAGGCGCAGCGACCUCUUCAACCAACCCAAAAAACCAUCGAAAAAUCCAUUUAAACCGCGGAAACAAAGCGGAGGCGCCCGCGCUGCCGCCACCUCGGAACCUCGGGGGCAGACGAGGGGCCGAGCCCCGGAGCAGGAAUUGGGUGUUCGGGAGAUGUUGCCAAGCCUCGACCGGAGCGUUUGAAAGCGAGAUCGGAUUUUUUGGGAUUUUUGGGGUUUUUUUCCCCUCUUUUCCUUGGUUUUUUUUCACCUCCCCUCCCCCUCUGGCCCCUCUCCGGAGGGAUGUGUGUGAUCAGCGAGUGGAAACACAAAUGUCCUGAUUUUCCUGAUUUUCCCAGCCCCUCUUUGAAAGGGACAAAGUGAAAAAAAAAAAAAAGCAAAAAACAAGCUCGCAAAAAUGUUCCUGACCUGCGAGGGGACCUUGGGGAUCGUUCCGGCCACCAUGGACUACAACGUGCAAGCCCGGCCGGGCCAUUUCCACGCCGGCUACCAACAGAUCGAAGGCAUCAGCUUGGGCUACUUACAGAUCAACGGCACCCAGAUGUUCGCGCUGGCCCAGGUGCUCAGCGACCUGUUCAAGGACAUCCCCAGGACCACCAUCAGCAAGAAGAUGGAAACCUUAAAGAUCAAGAGCCGCCGUUGCGACCUGGCCGAGCUGCGGACCCUCAAGGCCAUCAACUCGGUGCCCACGCGCGCCGUGAAGUGCUCGCUCAUCUCCAAGGCGGACCUGGAGGCUCUCUGCACCUCCUGCAAGAGCCUCCGCCGGAGGAAGAGGAGGAGGAAGAGCAGGAGAAGGGAGCAGCUGCUGCUGCCGGGCCCCGGGGAGUUCUUCCCCUGCCCGCGGCCCCCGCCCUGCCGCGCCGGCGGCUGCUGCGCAGCUCCAGCCCGCCCGGGGGGGCUCUUUGGGGGUCCUGGCCGGCUCCCCCGGGACCGGGCGCUGCUGGGCCCCGCGGCCGCGCAGCCCUGCGCGCUGCCGGUGCCCGCGGGCCGGCACCGGCGGGACCCGGGCUGGCCCCGGGGGCUCCUCCCGCACGGAGCGGGGCCCGCGGCCGCCAGGAAGGGCCGGUGCCGCGGCUUCCCCUCCUCCAAGCGCCAGGGAACCUCCGCCGGCUACUCCAGCGACUCGGACUCCAGCCUGGACUUCGCCGCGUCCAGCCCCGCCACCUCCAGCGACUCCUCGGAGGAGGAGGAGGAAGAGGAGGAGGAGGAGGAGGAAGGGGACAGCUCGUGCAGCAGCGACGAGGGCAGCUCCUCGGAGUCGGAGAGCAGCUCGCUGUGCAGCGGGGACUCGGUGCAGAGCACGCGGUACCGGCAGGCGGCCCUGCCCCGCUUCCAGCCCCCCCGGGAGCCGCUCGGGGAGGAGCGGCCGGCGGAGCCCCCCCCGAGCAAAGCGCUGCGCCCCGACUCCGAGCUCCUCUUCCUCUCUCAGCACCUCUGGGCCCGCACCCUGCGGGCGUCAACUUUGGAAAGUUUGAGCGCGGCCGCAGCGCCGGGGGCUCAGCCGGGGCUGUACGCAAGGCACGAGGCCUCCCCUGCCUCCUCCUCCUCCUCCUCCUCCUCCUCCUCUUCCUCCUCCUCCUCGCCCCCUCCCUCCCCGAGCAGCAGUAUCCCUGGGGGGGCCCCCCCACAAAAGGAGCGCGGCUUUGGGGACGCCAGAGGGAAGGAUUUACACAAAGAUGCCUCGAACAAAAGCUCCUCGUCAGAGCGGCCCAGCGGAGCCUCCCCGGGGCCGGCGCCCUCCUCCGAGCCGACCCCGGAGCUGCGGGCGAGCCCCGCUGCCCUCGGCGAGCCCCGGCCGGAGCAUUUCGACCGCUUGAUCCGCCAGUCCAAGCUGUGGUGCUACGCCAAGGGAUUCAACUUGGACGGGAAAGGUUUGCGGCACGGCCGGGGCAGCCCAGAGCCCUGGAGGGGAGCGGAGCUGCACUUCCAACCCCGCGGAGGAACCGAGAGCCCCGCGGCGCUGCGGGGCCGCCAGGACGGCAACGCCAAACGGCGGCGCCUGGCCAGGGUCACCGAGAGGCAGCGCGGCCCCUCCAAAGCCAGGCCACCAAAAACUCCCCGGAGGAAUUCCAGGAAGGGAAACGCUCCCUGCAAAGCCAGCCCGCCUCGGAAUUCCUUCAGCCUGAUGGGCAACUUCCCCUGCACGCCCUCGCUGGUGGUGGGCGAGGACGGGGAUCUGUGCCCGGCCUCGUCGCUGGGUGGCAAAAACUCCUGGGCUCUGUCCAAGACGCACCCGCUGUGGCGGUGGCAUCUGGGGGGCAGCGCCAUCCCCGUGCCCCCCAGCCUCAAAUUCCGCGGCUGCGCCAGCCUGGAGGAUCCCUGAGCAGCGCAGGAAAAAUUCCAGGAUCGCGGGAGGUGCCCGGGAUGGGAGCGGGGUCACCCCAGCCCCGCGUGGGGAAGGGGCUGCCCGGAGGAGCCGCGCGGGGAUUUGGGGCUGGUUUGGGGCAAUUUGGAGCUGAUUUGGAGCUGAUUUCGGCUCGACUUGGGGCGGAUUUGGGUCUGAUUUGGGGCCUAUUUGGACCUGAUUUGUGUCCGAUUUGGAACUGAUACGGAGCUGGUUUGGGUCCGACUUGCGUCUCAUUUGGGGCUGAUUUUGGCCUGAUUUCGGGAGCAUUUGGGCCCGAUUUGGGGCCAAUUUGGAGCUGAUUGGGGUCGAUUUGGGGCCGCGUGCGCUGCGGGAUGUUGGGUUUGGGAGGCGUUUUAGGGUGAGGUUAAAGCGCGCGAUGGAACCCAAAUAAUUUCCAAAAAACUCCGCGCGCCGCUGGAAACGAGGGGGGUGAAUCCCAGGAAAGGGAUUUAGGGAUGAAACGGCUGCUGGGAGAACUGGGAAUGGGCUGGGAAGGAGCUCCCGCCGCCCUGGCCUCCAGACCCUACUCCAAAAAAAAGUCCCAAACCCCAGACCUCAUUUCUCCUUUUUCCUCCAUAAAAAUUGGAUUAAAACAAUAAAAAUCCCAUGCAGGAAAGGGAAAAUUUCCCGUUCCUUUCAGGGCCGAAUGGAUCCCGGGGAAAAAUUAGAAAAUCCUUAAAAUCCCAGUUUUCCAGCGGGGUUUUCUUGGUGGAGGGGCAGGGAGGAAACGCCAACUUUAAAAAAAUCGGGAAUUUCGGGAGGUUGGGAGAAAGCGGGAGAGGUGGAGAGGGGGUGACUUGAAGUUGUUCCAUAGAAAUCUAAAGAAUCUUUUUAAAAAGUGGUGGUAAAGGGCAAAAAAAGUGAGGAAUUUGUGGGAUAAUCAUCCCUGGAAAAGGUUUGAAUCCCGGGAAAAAAUCCGGGAAAAUCGGGAAUGAAAAGAUUUGAUCCUCGCUGGAAUUUCCCUCCCUCCCCUGCUUGAACUUUUCCAAACCUUUGGGAAUUCCCGAUGGGAUUUCCAGCUCAUCAAGGCCCCCAAAUCUCUGCUUUGGGAACUUAAAAAACCCCCCAAAAUCAAAGCUAUU